AUGGUUCGCGGCGAGGCUCAGCAACUCAAGGUCCACUACAAGGGCCAAGCGGAUGACUUUCUAGUCUUCGUUGAGGAUCCCGAGUUGUUCAAGAAGUGGCAGAGUGAUAAGUCUGUUCCUUUGGCACACUUCGUCUCCGCCUUCAAGAUCUUCGUCACGCACAAGCAAGGCGCACAAGGUACAUAUGAUGCCGCCUCCAAGGCUUCGCUGGACAAUGAGUUCGGCACUCACGUCGACGAGGAGGUUAUUAAGGUGAUCUUGGAAAAGGGUGAAACUCAGGUUUCUGAGUUCCCCGAGCGUCAAGGACCCAAGAACGACUCCAAGGGUCCUCUUGUCGCCCAUUAA